GGGGGCGGGGGGAAAAUGGCGGCCGGCUCGAAAGCGGAGCGGGGCGCCCCGGGGGAACAGCGGGGCCCGGCGGGCGGGUGCUGGGCCGGGCCGGGCCGGCGGGGCCGCCGCGAGCACGUCGUGAAGCAGCUGGACCGCGUCGAGGACGAGGAGCCCCACAGCGACCUGUUCCCGAGAGUCUGGGGGGGCCCCGGCGACUCCUCCGCGGUCCUUGUCUCCGGCUGCAAGGGAACGUCCCCUGGGACCCUCCCGCACCCUCUCCAGGGCCCCCAGAGCCCCCUGGAGCCCCCCAGGACAUUCCAGAGCCCUCUGGGACCCCCCGGAGACCCCCAGAGCCCUCCGGGACCCACUGGGACCCGCACGUUCCCCCAGGGGAGGUCCCCGAAGCCUCCUGGGACUCCCCGCGUUCCCCCCCUGGACCCCUCUGGGACUCUCUCACGCUCCCCCCAGGACACCCCAGAGCCCUCCGGGACCCCCUGGAGCACCCCAGGCCGACGCCGGCUCCCGCCCCAACGCCCCGGGAGCGCCGGAGCCUGACGGAGCGUCUCAGCGAAAGGGGAGAGGAACCGAGCGGGGGACCGGCGGGACGGGGGGCGAGGAGGAUACAGGAGCUGCGGAGCCGAGGCCGAGGGAGCGCGGGCAGAGAGGGACGGGGGGAGACGACGCGCUCCGAGGUGCCGCAGGGAUCGAGGGGGGGGUCGGGGGGGGGGGGGAUUUGCUCCAAAGCCUUAGAAAGAGGCGACUCCUUCCUCGCCGGGGCCGAGCUGCGUUUUUGGAGGGAGGCGCUUCCCGAGAAUCCUCCCGGCCCCCGCUCCGAGGGGAUUCCUCCGCUCCCUUCUCUGCUAUUUUUGCUAAAUCGGGGAGUUUGGGGUUUUU